AUGUCAGCCCGGGUGCUUGUGAUUGGAAAUGGGGGCAGAGAGCACACUCUCGCUUGGAAGCUGGCCCAGUCACCUCAUGUCAAGCAAGUAUUGGUCGCCCCAGGGAACGCUGGAACAGCCGAUGCUGGGAAAAUCACCAAUUCAGCUGUGUUGGCCAGCAACCACACCAUCCUGGCACAGUUCUGCAAAGACCAUAACAUAGGACUUGUAGUCGUUGGAUCAGGGUCCCUUCUUGCUGCUGGGAUUGUGGAUGACCUGACGGCAGCUGGGGUGAGAUGUUUCGGGCCCACUGCGAAGGCAGCGCGGCUGGAGGCCAGCAAAAAGUUCGCUAAGGAGUUUAUGGACCGGCACGGGAUCCCGACUGCCCGGUGGAAAGCGUUCACCGACUCGCACGAGGCCUGCGAUUUCAUCGUGGGCACCGAAUUCCCUGCCCUGGUGGUGAAGACCGGCGGCCCGUGUGCCAGAGAUGCCCGGGUCAUCGUGGCUGCUAGUAGAGAAGAGGCCUGCCAGGUAGCACGGGAGCUGAUGCAGAGUGAUGUCUUUGGAGAAUCUGAAGGAGUAGUGAUGGUUGAAGAACUUCUUAAAGGAGAAGAGAUAUCUUGCUUCUGCUUCAGUGACGGUGUGGCUAGCGUCGCCAUGCCGAUAGCUCGGAGCCAGAGACGGCUACUGGAUGGAGACCUGGGCCCGAUCACCGGGGGGAUGGGAGCUUACUGCCCGGCCCCUAAGAUUUCUGAAGAGGUUCUAAAGGAGCUCAGAGGUGGUUUUCUUCAACACAUUAUUGACAGCAUGAAGCGAGAAGGUGCAGCAUAUAUAGGCAUACUGCAAGUGGGAAUAAUGCUUACGGAAAGUGGGAUGAAGGUGCUAAACUUCAAAUGCUGCUUCAGUGACCCCGAGUGCCAGGUAAUCCUGCCCCUUCUCCAAAACGACCUCUACGACGUGAUCCAGGCCACCCUGGAUGGGCGGCUCCGCGCCCGCGUGCCAGUGUGGCGGGAAGACCGAGCGGCGGUGGCUCUCGUCCUAGCCAGCGAAGGUUAUCCGGGAGAUCACGUCAAGGGCUCGGAGAUAACCGGCCUUCUUGAGCCUCGAGGUCCGGGCCUGGAGGUGUUCCACUCCAGUACGGCCCUGAGGGACGGGACCGUGGUGACGGACGGUGGCAGAGUCCUCGUGGUCACGGCCGUCGGCGAGGACCUGGCGUCGGCCCUGGCGGGAGCCAGGGAGGCGUCAUCGGCCAUCCGCUUCCCGGGAGCCACUUUCCGCCGGGAUAUAGGCCGGCCGGCUGCGGAUGGAACGGAGGGCCUUAGGGAGAUCACCCCUUCUUGGAAGGCUCCUGGCAAACAGAUCUCACUGAACCCCACCUAUGACAACUCCGUGCUGAGUUUGAGUGUCGGGGACAGCCAGGGACAUUCAGGGCAAGAGCAGAGCUCUGGGCACACUAAAGAGUGGCAACUCAGCUUCAACACCAACUGCAAGCGGACCCUGGAAAGAAAACCAAAUAACACCUCAGAUGGGCAGACAGAACCCCGGGAUGAGGUCCUUGCGGGAGUCUUCGAGCUGAAGGCGGCUGGUUACCAAAGCCCCGUCCUGGUCUCAAGAACCAGAAGUAUUGGGCCGAAGAUCAAGAUUGCCCAGCUGUGUAAUAAACACGACACCAUAGGUCACGAUGUGGUGGCCGCGUGUGUCAACGAUGUUCUGGCCCAGGGAGCAGAGCCCCUCUUCUUCCUCUGCCAUCUGACCCAAGGAAAGCUUGGGGUGAGAAUCAGGGAAGAGAUCCACGUUGGCCUCAGAGAAGCCUGUGAAGUGGCAGGCUGCAAACUCCUGGGAGGUGAAAUGUCUGAAGAGCCUGGCACCCACUCACCUGGGGAGUUUGAGCCGGUGGGUUUUGCCGUGGGAGCCGUGGAACGCGGUCAGCUGCUUCCCCAGACAGAGAGCAUCGUUGCCGGGGACGUGGUCAUCGGAGUGGCUUCUUCCGGGCUUCACUGCAGUGGGUUCGGCCUCGUGAGGAAGCUUGUGGAGGUGUCGUCCCUCUGCCUCUCCUCCCCGGCCCCUAGUGCAUGUCGGGGCCAGACUCUGGGGCAGCUGCUGCUGACCCCGACCCGAAUCUACUGCCGCCCGCUGCUACCAGUCCUGCGUUCAGGACGCGUCAAGGCUCUGGCCCACAUCACUGGAGGGGGACUGCUGGAAAACAUCCCCAGGGUCCUCCCUGACAAGCUGGGGGUUCAGUUGGAUGCUCGACGCUGGCGGAUCCCCACCGUCUUCUCAUGGCUGCAGUACCAGGGGCGCCUCUCGGAAGACGAGAUGGCUCGGAACUUUAACUGCGGCAUCGGGGCCAUCCUCGUGGUCCAGGAGGACCUGGCGGAGCAGGUGCUGCGGGAAGUUCAACGGCACGAGGAGGAGGCCUGGCUCAUUGGCAGCGUGGUGCCCCGCCAUGAAGGUGCUUCUCGGUUCGAGGUCAAGAAUCUGUCAACUGCUUUGAGGACAGGCCACGGUCAGGUGAGGGAGGCCACAGCCCUGGAAGAAUCCCCUCUCCAGGACAGGCCCCCAAAGUCCAAAGUCAGAGUGGCUGUUCUUCUCUCUGGAGCAGGCCCAGGUCUUGGAGCCCUGAUUGCUCUGGGGAAGGAGCCUGCCUGCUGUGUCCAGACGGCCCUGGUCAUCUCCAAUAAGCCCGGCGUGCGAGAGCUCCGAGAGGCAGCCCUAGCGGGGAUCCCAACAAGAGUCAUCGAUCAUACGUUGUUCGGAAGCCGCAAAGAAUUCGACGGCACCAUCGACAAGGUCCUGAAAGAAUUCUCCAUUGAGGUGGUUGGUCUGGCUGGAUUCACGAGGAUUUUGUCGGGGCCUUUCCUCAGAAAGUGGAAUGGAAAGAUUUUAGACAUCUAUCCAUCGCUUUCGCCAUCAGUCCAAGGGAGGAACGUCCGCAACCAAGAGCGUCAAGCUGGGGACAAGCUCCCAGGCUGUACCGUCCGCUUUCUUCUCGAAGAAGCCGGCACCGGAGCUGUCAUCCUGCAGGAGCCGGUCAAGGUGGAGGCGGGAGACACCGAAGAGGCUUUGUCUAUACGAGUGAAGGAAACAGCGGGCCGGGCCUUCCCCUUCGCCCUGCAGCUGGUGGCCAGCGGGGCCGUGCGAUUGGGAGGGGACGGAAAAGUCUCUUGGGAGCAAGGGGUUCUAAGGCAGCUGCCUCACCUGGAGAAAAGUUCCUGAAAAACAGCCCUCUUCCAUGUUUCAGAUUUGGGACCGCUGAACAAGCGUGUCUCAACGGGUUGAUUUCCCUCCUCCGUCCAAUUAUCAUCAUACAGUAGUCGAUUCUAGAUGGUUUACAUGCUCUUAAACAGCUUUGUUUUACUGCUUUACCUAUAACAGUGCAGCCGACUCUGUAAGUGGACUGCCCAAGAGUUCCGUGCCAUUAUAAUCAAAGAUGGAAGGGUUUAGAUCCAAAACUCUCUCGGAGUCUGAUAAUAUGCAGUGACUCUUUAAA